GACGACCACGACCACGAUCACGGUGACCGCGUUCAUUCGUCAGUUUUCAAAAUAAUAUAUAAUAUUAUUAAUAUUGGGUGUUAUAUAGAUCGAGCUUCGGUAUACCGUUCCGUUUUCGUCGUCGUCGUUACCGAGAAAUUUUUUCUCCUCCAGGUUUUUACGCCCCGUGAAAUCGCCGCCGCAGUAAUAACCUCCGCUGCAGCUGAAGCCCAAAUCAUUAAAUAGCUUUCACGCGCCAGUCGCGUAUGACCGUCGUCGUGAUGCGUUAUUGUGUUCCGUCGACGAUCCGUUGGCGCGUCGAUCGGAAAUCGGAGUUCGCCGAGAAGACACGGUCGUAAGUCGAAAUAUUUUGAUUUUCAAGUGGUCACAAUUAUUAAAGUAAUUCCUGUAUUAAAAAUUGUGUGGCACCCACGAACAAAGCAGUGAACUAAUUAGUUUCUUGAUUAGUCAAUUUCAAUAAAAAAUAAUAAAAUUGAAAAAAAUAUGGCCAACUCUACGUCAGUGACUAAGUGUACUGAUUUUUCCGUGUCCAGUCUAUGUCGAGACAUGAAGACUUCACCUCCUGAUCCUGCAAUCGUGGUCGGUGGAACCGGAACUAAUAUGAAAUUAACACUGCCUCUAGCUGCUUGCGCACCUUUUUCAUCCAAUAUUAAUGGACCAACUGCCAUCACGACCGCAGUCGCCGGCAGACCGCCGCAGUCCACGUCGCCGUCGCCGUCACCGUCGCCGGCCACGCUGCGCGAACUGUACGCCAUGGCGGCCAGCCAACAGCACCAACAGCAUUCGCGACUGCUCGAGCUGUCCAACAGAUAUCGCGGGUACCCGGAAAUCGCCCAUCACGUGUUCAACCAACAAGGAGCCGUCACCAAGUUGCUAGGGACCCUAAGACCUCCUGGUCUGAUUGGUGGAAGCAAACCCAAGGUUGCCACCCCAGCAGUCGUAUCGAAAAUUGAAUUCUACAAACGAGAAAAUCCAACGAUAUUCGCGUGGGAAAUUCGCGAAAAGCUCAUAUCUGAAGGAGUGUGCACGAACGGCACGGCACCGUCGGUGAGCAGCAUUAACCGGAUACUGAGGAACAGGGCGGCCGAGAGGGCUGCGGCCGAGUUCGCCCGGGCUGCCGGGUACGGUCUGUACCAGGUGUCGCACCCGUACGCGUCGUUUCCGUGGCCGCCGCAUCCGCAUGGCAUGUGGCCGGGUGUGGCCGCGGACGGCCCGUCCGCCGUGGCCGCGGCUGUGUCGUCGUCCGGUGGACUGCCGUUGCAUCACGGGCCAGGCGCGUCCAACAAGGCCACGCCACUGCAGCACAUGAUCAACGCCCAUCAGCCUUGCGGCGUCAUGUCGUCCAGAGAUCUCAUGCCCAGACUCAUAGGCGACGGAUCCGGAGGCGUCGACGGUUGCAAGGAUGACAUGGAAAGCGUAGGCAGCGGCAGUGGUUCCGAGCAACCAAAGUUCAGGCGCAACCGGACUACGUUCAGUCCGGACCAACUCGACGAAUUGGAAAAGGAGUUCGACAAGAGCCACUAUCCGUGCGUGAGCACUCGCGAACGGCUAGCUGCCAAGACCAGUUUGUCUGAAGCCAGAGUCCAAGUGUGGUUCUCGAACCGAAGGGCCAAGUGGCGGCGGCACCAGCGCAUGAACAAAUCGCGUCGGUCGGGCGUGGCGGCCGCGUCGACCGUGUCGGGCGGCAGCAGCGGUUCGGCAGCGGGUACGCCCACGCCGCCGGUCGUGUCGCCAGUCGCGGGGGCGAUCGGCGGUCCGUCCGGUGUACCGGACGGCGUCGGCGGCCCCCCGUGCCCGGCCACAGUGGCCAGGUGUCUGGGCGGUGGCGAGAACAGCGCGUUCCGAUCGCUGAUGCCGCAACAGCACUUGCACCGACAGCUCGUCCAGCAGAGUUACGCGGCGUCCGAGUCGUCCGAAGAGAUAAACGUGACGACGGACGACGAAGACGACGACGGCGGUCGCGUCGUUGGCGCCGGUGGCGACGAACCGAUGGACGACGGAGACGGUUCCAAUUCGUCUUCGUACAACGCCCAUAACGACAACAACAAUAACGACGGCGGCGGCGGCGGCGGCGGUGGAGAUGGCGACGAUGUCGGUGACGACGACGGCGACGGCGGAAAGACGUCGGCGGCCACCGCUCUGGCACCUCAUCAUCAUCACCAUCACAAUAACAAUCACCCGUCCCGUCCGCGAUUCGGCGCCGACCGACUUCCGUACUUCGGUCACAUUAUGCAUCCGGCCGACGUGAAACGAACGGUGGACAGCUCGAACAACAAUCAUCACCACCUGAACCACCUGAACCAACACCCUAACAACAACAACAAUAACAACAACAACCACCACAGCAACAACAACAUUCACCAUCACAACAGCGUGCUGUCCACGAUCGCUUCGUGGCGCGAAAUGGCCGCCUUUACCGCCCUACACCACCGGGCCCUCGAACAGGGCGCGGCCAAAGCGGCGGCGGCGGCGGCGGCAGCGACUGCGGCUGCGCAACCGUUGCAGUUGACCAAGUACGACAAGGACAGAGCGUAGGCGCAGGUGUUACGGUUUACGACCAAAAGUGCGAUUCAAAAGUCGUCGUCCGAUUAUCAAUGUAUAAAUCGGUUGCAAAUCGUAUCAGGUAAACACGAUCGAUAUCAAGACGCGACAUAACAUUCUAUAUUAUAUAUAUAUAUAUAGACAAGUAUAAGACGGUCUAUAGUAUUAAUUUUAAUUUUUUUUCGCCACACCAUCAUAAACGUGUGUCGUGUUAAAUAUAAACUAUGAGAAUAUUAUAUUAUAUAGUGUAGAGAUGGACGGAAGUCAUUGACAGUGGAGGUUAUAUUAUUGAACGUUUGUAAUGCACUACAGCAUAGAUGAUCAGCACUCGAUCAAAGACUUUUGAAUCGUUCUGUAUCAUAAUAUAUAAACAUAGCGAUAGACGAUGGUAUAAUAAUAGUAUAUAUUAAAAAAGUAUGACACAAUAAUAAUGUCAUCGCGUGUUUGCACGGGUGGGAAUA